AUGGCUCCACGUUCUACUGCUCAUAAACGUCUUUUAAAAGAAUAUCAAUUAUUAUCAAGAGAUCCUCCACCAGGUAUAUUAGCCGGACCAAAAUCAGAAGAUGAUUUAUUCAAAUGGGAAUGUUUUUUAGAAGGACCAUCUGAAACUCCUUAUGAAAAUGGUGUGUUUCCAGCAAUUUUGACUUUCCCCAAAGAUUAUCCACUAAGUCCUCCAACUUUAAAAUUUGAUCCACCUUUACUACAUCCAAAUAUUUAUGCAGAUGGAACAGUUUGUAUAUCGAUUUUACAUCCACCAGGAGAAGAUCCAAAUCAAUAUGAAAGACCCGAGGAAAGAUGGUCACCAGUACAAAGUAUCGAGAAGAUAUUAUUGAGUGUUAUUUCGAUGUUGGCUGAACCAAAUCCUGAAAGUGGUGCAAAUAUAGAUGCUUGUAAAUUAUGGAGAGACGAUAGAAAAUCAUAUGAUGAACAAAUACGGAAACAUGUUAGGACGUCUUUAGGUGCUGGAAUAUCAGGUUUAAAAGCUGCCCAUACACUACUUCUUGAUCCAAAUAUUGGACCAGAUGAUGUAACUAUUAUUGAAGCUCAAGAUCAUGUUGGUGGCCGAUUAAAAACCACUGAGGAAUCUCAAUCUAAAUUAGGCAUACGGUAUGAUUUGGGAGCAUCUUGGUUCCAUGAUUCAUUGAAUAAUAGCGCAUUGGAUUACAUAAUUGAUGGAAAUGAAAUAGAUUUGAAAAAUGAUGUGUACUAUGACGAUAAGGAUGUUCAAGUUUAUUCAAGUGAGGGUUUAUUAGAUGUAGCCGAUUUAAAAUUAAACAGAGUGUUGGAAGAUAUUGAGAAGUAUAUUGAACUUUACUUUCAUGAGGACAUAGAGCGAAAAGAUUUGUCAUGUAUUGAAAUUGUUGAUAAAUUUCUUGACAAAUAUGACCUAUUGCUUACUGAUGAACAAAAAAAGUAUUGUGCUCGUAUGAUGAGAUAUUUAGAGUUAUGGUUUGGUAUAACUUCAGAUAUAUCUAGUGGUAAAUAUGCAGUUAUGGAUCAUCAAGGUAGAAAUUUACUCAAUAAGAAGGGCUAUUAUUAUUUGGUUGAAUUGAUUUCCAGUGAAAUACCGAGUCUGUCAAUUUUAUUAAACGAACAAGCAAAAGUUAUAAAUAGGAAAAUGAAGGAUGGAAAAGUUUGUGUUGAAACCAAGAGUGGAUUAAAAAUUUAUUCUGAUUAUAUAAUUGUUACAACACCGCUUUCAAUUUUACAAUUAGAUCAGGAUCAUGAGUAUGGUAUAAAGUGGAAUCCUCCAUUACCAGAAAAAGUUCAAUCCUCGCUUAAAACAAUGCAUUUUGGAGCUCUUGGAAAAGUUGUAUUGGAAUUUGAUGAAAUAUGGUGGGAUCCGACUCAAGAUCGAUUUCAAAUAAUUGCGGAUAACGUUCCUACUGAUGGAUUAUACAAAAAAUUGGAGUCACUUCCCAAACCUUUCACUUAUCCGGUUUACUGUGUUAACUUUGCAAGGGUACACCCCGAAAAGAAUGGUGGUAGCUUAGUGUUUUUAACACAAUCACCCUUAACUGAAUAUCUUGAAUCACAUCCUAAAGAAGUAUGGGAAUAUUAUAAACCAAUGUUACAGAAAAUGGCAAAAAAACCAAUUUCAGAUCCAAUAAAUACGAUAGUUACAAAUUGGACUUUAAACCCAUAUAUAAGGGGAGCUUAUUCCGCGAUGCACGUUGGUGAUGAUGCUAAUGAUUUGAUUAUAACUUUAUCUGGUGAAUUUCCCAAUUGUGGGUUAAGCGAGAAAAACAUAAGGUUUGCUGGUGAACAUACUAUCUCAGAUGGAGCAGGCUGUGUUCACGGUGCAUUUAAUAGUGGGGUACGAGAAGCUUCAUGGAUAUUGAAAGAUUUGGAUAAUUCAUAA